GGAUGGAACAUGUGAACAGCGGUGAAAAAACAUGGCGAUGCCUGUUGGAGCAGCGCGUCUCUGUCGCUUGGCAGGACGGACUGUGACCUCCCUGUCCGCCAGACACAGACGGAGUGUGAGCCUGCCACAGAGGAGGAGUUACGCGUCCACCUCUGCUCGGAAUUAUCUGCAGUUCAGGCUGGAUGAGAGGACAGCUCACAGUAGUCUGGACCUCUUUAAGAAAGACACUGGUGUCAUCUACCGGAUACUGGGUCUGGACCCCAGCCAUGUGCAAGACAACCCACAGCGUUUCAAAGACUGGGCUGUUGUGUUUGGUGAUGAAAAGAUCAGCAGUGGGCGACACUACUGGGAGGUGACAGUUAAAAAGUCCCAGGAGUUUCGUCUGGGCGUGGCCGAGGCGCUGAUGUGUAGGGAUGAAUGUGUGGGAACCAACAGCUCCUCCUGGGUGUUUGGCUAUUCUCAGCGCAAGUGGUUCGCCAUGACCAACAAGAAGAUCGUUCCUGUGACACUGGUGGGGAAGCCAGACCGUGUAGGCAUCCUGGUUGACUACGAAAUGGGCCUUGUGGGUCUGGUGGACGUCGAGAAAGGCAAGAUCAUUCACACCAUCAGGACCCAGUUUAAGGUCCCCCUCUGUCCCGCAUUUGGACUCUGGGAUGGGGAGCUCCUCACUCACACUGGCCUUGAAGAGCCUGAAGGCCUGCAGUGAAGCAGGUCGAUUGUAAUAACAGAGAAAAGCUCCAGGGAUGUAUUUGUUACUAUGGCAACACUUUUCAGCCCUAUAUUUAAUCACAGUGCAGGACAGAAAGCAAUAUCUUGUUGGGAAUCAUUUGCAAUUUAAUUACAGGUGAUUGUUAGUUCUCUGUGGUCCAGUGAAAUCAGUGUCAUGACUCUUAACAAUGCAAGUUCAUACAUUAUGUAUGUCAAUCCACCUCAGGUUGCUUCAUCACAGGCAAGUUUUUUCUUGUGUACCACAUGUAGUACCUCUCAGUCUAACUCAUGUGAAAAUGAACUGUUCUCUGCUUUCAUGUUCUGGCAUCGUCAACACAUAACGGCUCUCAAAUGUUUUUUUGAGUCUCAUGUUCAUAUUGAAUGUUGUUUAAUAAAAUAAUCUCACUGAA